GGAAGAUCCCCUCUGCAUCUAUAACGCCACCUCGGUGGACUUGGGGGUUCUCGUCCGUGCAUUUCCGAUCCGAACCCAGAGAGAAAGAAGCCGUUUCGAUAUGGACGACGACGACGACGACGAGUUCGGCGAGCUCUACACAGAUGUCCUCCAUUCCGUCGCCGAGUCCGUCCCAGCGCCACUGCCCUCCGUCUUGUCCCCUGGCGGCCGUAUCGAUCCUCUCCUCCACGCCGAGAAAGACGAUUCCGAUGGGGGCGAUCCGGACGGCCGCUUGUUUGUCGCGUCUCGCGCUGAUCCCUGCGCAGAAGCCCCUUCAUCAUCCAAACGCGCUAUACCGCCGGCCAUGGCAGCUGCGGAAGACGUUUCGGAGGAGGAUUGGAUGCUUGGCCGCGCAGCCCCGGUCGUGGAUUCGACAGAGAAUUGGAACGACGAAGACGACGAUGGAACCCUAUCAUCGCGACAGGCAGAGGUCGGGGCCCCUAGUCCGUCCAUAGAGGGAGAGCCUAGGGUUUUGGAGGAAGACGAAGAAGAAGCUAGGGUUUCAGAAUUUCAAGAAGGAAAUAAUGGAAUUGGUGUUGACAAGAAGAUUAGUGCACCGGAAGACGGGUUUUCAUUGUCCGGAGGUGGAAUAGAGCAGAAUUUGGAAAGUCUCGAUCAAACCCUGCACAUCCCUGGACUCUCAGCUGGAACAGCUUCUUCUGGACUUUUUGCUGGCAUCAACAACGAGGAGAGGAAGCCAUCACAAAGCGAGGAUUGGGACAGUGACAGUGAAGACGAUCUCAAGAUUGUGCUGAACGAUAGCAAUCAUGGUCCUCUUGUGGCUGAGAGGCAUAAUCUAAUUGGGAUAGAUGACGAUGACGAUGAUGAUGGAGAAGAGGAUCUGGUUAUUGUCACCGAUGAGGACCAGCAUCAUCGCCUCCCCACCAUGGAGGAGCAAAAUUGGAGUGAAGAUUCUAUGCAGCCGGCAGGUGAUGGGGAGAGAAAAGAAAUGUCGGAUGUAACUAAAGUAACAGGCACUGCUGGAGCUGCACCAGGGGCAAGGAUAGGGUACAGCAAUCUUGGUUUUCAUACCCAGCAUCAUUCAAUGUUCAAGUAUGUAAGACCUGGUGCAACACCUUUACCUGGCGAUCCUGCAAGUGGCAUCCCAGGUAUUCCAGGUUCUGCUCGUCCUCUUGGCCCAGCUCCUAUUUCCAGUCAAGGAAGAGGUGAUUGGAGAGCUGUUUCUGGUAGGGGCUUCCCUGGUGAUCCCAAAAGCUACAAUACAAACUUUGGGUUUCCAGCUUGGGCUAAUAGUUCAGCCCGUGCCUUUGGCAUUGGACUGGAUUUCACCCUCCCUUCACAUAAGACAGUUUUUGAUGUUGACAUUGAGAGUUUUGAGGAAAAACCAUGGCGAUACCUUGGGGUUGAUAUGUCCGACUUUUUUAAUUUUGGAUUGGAUGAAGAUAAGUGGAAGGAUUAUUGCAAGAGGCUGGAUCAACUUCGUUUGGAAUCAACCAUGCAAAGUAAGAUUCGUGUAUAUGAGAGUGGGCGAUCAGAGCAGGAAUAUGAUCCAGAUUUACCACCUGAGUUGGCUGCGGCAGCAGGUCAUGAUAUUUCUGCUGAUAAUGGGCAUGGAAAAUCAGAUGGAGAAUCAAAUUUUACCGGUCAAGGACGAGGGCAGUCAGUUAUGCGGGCACCAUUACCAACUGGGAGAGCAAUACAAGUUGAGGGUGGUGGGCAUAAUGAACGACUUCCUUCUAUAGAUACUAGACCGCCUAGAUCACGUGAUUCGGAUGCAAUUAUCGAGAUUGUGCCGCAGGACUUGUUUGAUGAUCCAAGAAUGCACAACUGUGGCCUAGAGAAAAAGGAGAACAGUGUCGAAAGAGAUGAUAUAAGUUUUAUUGAGGCUAAGAAGGAUAGAGGAAGCACUGAGUCAGGAUAUACAGAACACUUUUCUCAUGCUUCCAGUAACCACAAGGAAAUGACCAGGAAAACCCUUCUUGCAAAGGAAAAAGAUGAAUCAGCUGGUGAUCACCAUCAUAAUUCUAAAUCAAGAAGCCCUCCCUUUCAUGAUCGAGCAUUAGAGAUGCAUUCAGAAGAAAGGUUGUAUUCAGAAUCCUCGUCUAGAAGACACCUCAAUGCUCGUGAACAAUCAACUGAUAGCAUGUCUAGUCAAAGUGCCCACUCAAACAGGCAUAGUGAUCAGCGAAAGGAAACUUUGCUUGAUAACUCUGAGGUUAAGCAGUGUUCUAAAAACUCACUUGUUAUUGAUACUGCAAGAGAGCUCAGUGUUGAAGAAAAAUCUAGCAAGCAGGAUGAAAGCAGCGUCGAAGAAAAAUCUAGCAAGCAUGAUGAAGGCAGUGUUGAAGAAAAAUCUAGCAAGCAUGAUGAAGGACUUACUGUGGUUGAUAGCAUGGAAUUGGAGGAGAUGACAUCAAGUUUACAUGUUUCUAGUGAGACUGGUGCUGAUGAUAAUUUGGUCCUCCCAAGCAAUACACAAAAACUUAGCUCACAAGUUGAGCCUCUGAUGGUGUAUGACACAGGUUACGAUGAUGGGUUGCAGAAUAGUGAUAAUAGUAGAGAAAAAUCUGGUGACAGUAAGAAUAAUCAAAGACAGACAAAUGGUGAAGUCUUACAUGAAGGACAUUCAAGUCAGACGGGUUACUCAAAAAGGCUCCAGAAGGAAGAUGAAUCUAAAUUCUGGGGGAGAGAUGAAUCUCACAUAGACGAUAGACAAAAUAGAGAGAAAAAUCAUUCUAUUUCUAUAGAAAAGGAAGAUGCGUCUAAUUCUCAUCAAAGUCAUCUUCGAGGUAGAAGCUAUGAGAAGAGAAAGGAAUCAGAAUCUUCUACCAGUUCUUGGCAAAGAAGAGAGGAUAAUAUGCAUGGUAGACAAAUCAAAGAUGAUUUAAUGAGGGCGAACAAUGAUGAGAUGUUGCCAAGGAAUAAGAGUAAGCUAAAGGUUAGUGACAGAAACCGGAGAGAUGAAGAUCAUUCUAGAAAGCAUGUUGAUGGUGAAUGGAGGAGCCAUAGUAGAGAUGAAAACUUGAGGCAUAGGGAGAGGGAUGAUCUGUUGAUGAGUCGUCGUGAGAACAAGGAUGUUCCUCUCGUGAAGAAAAAAAGAGAUGAAGAAUAUUUGAGAGGAAAAGCUGAUAGAUUAGAUGGUUUCCAAAGUCACAGAGCUAAGGAGGAUUCUGGAAGAAGGAAACGAGAAAGGAAUGACCUACAUGGCAACAGGAGAGAGUCUGAAACUAGAAUGAGGGAUAAGACUGAAGAUCACUUGUCCUCUAAGCGUAAAAAAGAUGAUAGCUGGCGCCAAAAUAGGGAGAGAGAGGAUAGGCAGCGACUGAAACCUCAUGAAAUUGCAUUAACACACAGGGAAAGCGAAGAAGUGCAGGGAACUGUAAGUAGUGGGCGAGUUACUGAGAAUAAGCAAUUGGGUGGUAAUGGUAGGAAUAGGGAUGACUCAAGAUCUAUUAGUUAUGAUAAGGAUUAUCAAGAGAAGGAAAGGAGGCGGCACAAUGAGUUGUCGAGGAGGGAUCGUAGGGAAGAUGGCAUGUCUCAGAACAGAGGACGUGGUGAUGCAUAUACAAAUGAAAAGCAUUCAAAUGCUGAUGAAAGAAGCUCCAGGCACGAAAGGCUGCACCAAUAUGGUGACCGCCACCAUACUGCUGAGGGCCAACAGAUGCACAGGGAAAGACAGAGAGAAAAUACAAGUAAAGCCAGAGAUGUCGAGAACAAGCAGCAGAAUAACCAAGUGCUUGGGAAGAGAAAACAUGAUGACUGCCCCUCAAAUGAGAAGAGAAAGCAUGAUGACUGCCCCCCAAAUGAGAAGGUCUAUAAUAAACAUUCAAAUAAGAAUGAGAGCAACAUCUCUUCCACAAUUGUCGCCAAAGCAGAUCCACAUCACAAUAAACAUGAAGACACCCCACAUAUUAACUCUUCAAGGAAACAAGGGGAUGAUGAACCUGCCUCAGAUGAUGAGAAUCAAAGUUCUAGAAGAGGACGAUCCAAAUUGGAACGCUGGACCAGCCACAAAGAAAGGGACUACGAUGCCUUCAAUAACACACAGGCAUUAUCUACUUUGAAAGAGAACGUUGAAGACAACAUGGUUGAUUCAGUGCAAGCAGAUGAAUUGACCAAAAAUGAACUUAACAACAUUACUAGUGAAUUGGAUGUCAAGGGCGAUGCUGGACAAAUUGUGGAUAAGACAAUUGAUGACCAGGAUCGCCAUCUUGAUACUGUGGCUAAGCUCAAGAAACGAAGUGAACGCUUCAAGCUUCCUAUGCCAAGGGACAAAGAUAAUGGUUCAAAUAGAAAAUUGGAUACCGAAGUGCAGCUGCACAAUAAUGAAGCUGGUGUUGAUUCAGAGAUAAAGUCAGAGCGACCAGCCAGGAAAAGGCGGUGGACUGGCAGUUGAUUAGGCAUCUAGGCAUCUCGACGAUGGUCCCUUUAUGAAAUCAAAGUCAUUCUCAUUCAGAGAAGAAGAUAGGCAAAGCUAGUCGUAUGCUUACCAUCGAGUAUUGUACAAUUUUCACCUCUUCAUCUCCUUCUCUUGGGACCAAAAAUGAUGUGAAGAUAAACAAAAAUAUCGUGAGGAAGAAAGAGAAGUGCCACUAGUUGUGUUUUUAUUGCAUAUUUGGAUAUGUAACUUUAAACACCUAAGAUCCUGGACGGAAUUCUUUUUUUC